GACGCGGUAGCUCAUGUUCAGAUACCUCAAAAAUUCGAGAGCUCUACACGCCUGAGCAUGCGCGUGAACUCCCGUCGUCAUGUUCAUCCUUACAACCCUUGAAGAUCUGAUUCAGAUUGCGCCCCAGGACUUCAGCAAGGAAAGCGCGCAAGCAAUCAAGGAUGCGAUCAACAUCAAGUACGCGAACAAGGUCAUACACAAGGUUGGCUUGUGUAUAACGAUGUGGGAUAUGCUCAAGGCAUCCGAGGGUCUUAUCGGUCACGGGACUGGGCUUGUCAAUGUCAACGUCGAGUUCCGCCUAGUAGUCUUUCGCCCUUUCCGCGGUGAAAUUCUACACGGACGCAUCAAGUCCGCCAAUGAGCAAGGCAUGGUCAUCGACCUCGACUUCACCCACGAGGUGUUUGUACCUCAAGCCAACCUCUUCGAGCCCUCCCACUACGACCCCGGUGAGAACGCCUGGGUGUGGAGUCCCCCGGAUGGAGAAGAGUUCUUCUUCGACAAGGGCGAGACCGUGUUAUUGAGAGUCGAACGCGAAGAAUGGUUCGACCAGAAGCCCAGCAUCGUGCAGAAAGACGAGCACGGAAACAUUGUAGAAAGGAGAGGCGUGCCUUGGAGAAUUAUUGCAUCGAUGAAUCAAUCCGGGCUAGGACCAUGCAUGUGGUGGGAAGGCCAGGAAGGCGAAGAGGAGGAAGGUGAGCAACAACUGCUGGAGAGUGGGGACGUCGAGAUGAAUGAAGCGUAAUUCUAUACCGUUUCAGGUGCAUGGGUGGCGUUCGGGAGCAAGGUGUUGGUUAGAAACGCCACAAGUAUGUGGGGAUCGUUGAAGGGUGGUUUUGUUUUUUGCAUCACGCUGGCUGUCUUCAUACCAAAAGAUUCAGACUUGGAACAGG